GUUUUCGGCGAGCGCCCUGUUGUUUCUUGCGUCGCUCCCCAUGGCGCUGAGCUCCACUUUGUCCGGCAUCUCCCACGUGUCGGAAUUCACCAACGGCGUGCCGUACCAAGCGCCUCUUAUCGAGCCACUCAAUCGGCUCGGCGUGCAGGAGGAUACGGCUGCCAAGAACAUGUCCCAGUUCGUCCACAUUGGCUGCUUCAUCGCUUCCAUGGGCAUCACACGGGACGCGGAGCAGGACACGCACUUCGACCCGAGCGCCUGCGUGGAUGUCUGUCGGAGCCGCUACCCCAACGCAGCCCUCAAGGACAUCGCAGUAGCUGUGCAUGGUCCACGGUGUGGCUGCGCACUAGGAGCUCUUUACGAUACCUUCACCGAAGCCGACCCCAGCUUCUGUACUAUGCAGUGCAAGUUUUUCGAGAACCCCAUUUGCGGGGGCUUGCCCUCCUUUUGGGGAGUUUUCGUUCAGUAUGACUUUCAAUCCUACGCCUCGCAUGGGGCCUAUGAUCCAUGGCGCAAGAUUUGGUACUCGAUCGUCGCUGUGCGCGAAGCCACGAUCAUCGGGGCUGAGGCUGUGGCUGCAGUCGUCAAACCUGAUAGGUUGGAUCCGGAGCGCUACUACCUUCACGCCGCAUCGGUCCAGACGGGCCAAGCAGCGCGAGGGCCUUGCAGCUUUUACUUGGACUUUGCGAUUGUCCAGCUGUUUUGCUCCGCCUUUCUGUGGCUUUUCCGUGUUUUGCUCAGUCAAGAGCGGUGGGCGAGCGAGCGAGAGAGACAGAGACGCUGGGAUUCGUGGGUGCUGGAUCGUGAUUUUCGAGCACUUCGUCGGGUUUUGGGUUCUUUGAGUGUAUGGAGUUCAAGCAUCGGAUCUGUAAUGCUUCAGAAUAUCCGACCUUUUCGAUGA